AAAUUCUCACUUAAACAUUUUCUUUGCUGAAUCAAAGGCAAUCACCACCAGAUCCAUGAAUCAGCCUGAAGACAUUCCAUCACGAGAGGAGGAUGUUGCUUCUCCACCCAAUCCAGUCCCCAAAUGCGCAACAGAUGCUGGAGAUCAUGCAACAGCUCAAAGCUCAGAACCAGCAAAUUCUGCAAUUGAUGCUCGGGCAACAAGGAAGAGUGCAGCCUAGACCUCAAGCCAAGGAAACUCUACUCCCUGGUCAUCAAGGAGCUCCUCACCUUGGUGCUCCCCAUCCAGUCGCCCCCUGGGUGCCCUCUUUGGGAGUUCCCUUGGGCACCCCAUAUAGGGGGGCUCACCAUAAGGGUCCUCCUCCAGCCUCUACUCCGACUCUCUAUGGUGGAGACCCUCCUCUCCAAGAGGACGAGAGUAAAAACCAAAGCAUAGAGUAUGAGAGUCAUUUUCAUGGUAAUUCUAGAGUACCUCCUCCCAAUCAAUGGGACGAAAAAAAUAAAAGAGGUGCAAAAUCAGCUACGUGACGUUUCAACGCCAUGUAGGCACAGAGCCCCGAGACAGUAGACUU